CCAGGAGGGCUGAGCCCCUCCUGCACCUCUGCACAGGAUGGCAGCCUCGAGGCUGGUGCUGUCGCUGCUGGCCGCAGCUCUCCUGCUGCACGUGGCUACCACGCUGAAGAUUGGUGCCUUCAACAUCAGAGCGUUUGGGGACACCAAGAUGUCCAACCAGACCAUCGCAAACAUCAUCGUCUCUAUCCUGUCGGAGUACGACAUCGUUCUGGUGCAGGAGGUCCGGGAUGCCGACCUGAGUGCCGUGAAUGACCUCAUGGACCAGCUCAACAGUGCUGGGAAGCACCCAUACGACUUUUUGGUCAGCGUCCCCCUGGGUCGGGGCACCUACAAGGAGCAGUACCUCUUCAUCUACAGGUCAGACAUGGUCUCCGUGCUGGGAAGCUACUACUAUGAUGAUGGCUGCGAACCCUGUGGGACCGACACCUUCAGCAGGGAGCCCUUCAUUGUGAAGUUCUCCUCACCCACCACGCAGGUGCAGGAGUUCGUGUUGGUGCCUCUGCAUUCGGAGCCCAGCCACGCAGCAAAGGAGAUCGAUGCGCUCUACGACGUCUACUCCGAUGUCAUCAACAAGUGGGGGACUAACGACAUGAUCUUGCUGGGUGAUUUCAAUGCUGACUGCUCCUACGUGACCAGCUCCCAGUGGCCGUCCAUCCGCCUGCGCUCCCUGCGCGCCUGCGAGUGGCUCAUCCCCGACAGCGCUGACACCACCGUGGCCGACACCGACUGCGCCUACGACCGCAUCGUCGCCUGCGGCACCGCCCUGCGCCAAGACAUUGAACCUGGCUCCGCCACCAUCAACGACUUCCAGAAGAAAUUCCACCUCCAGAUCAAGGAUGCUUUGGCUGUCAGCGACCACUUCCCAGUGGAGGUGACCCUGGAAGCCCACUGAGCCUGCCCCCACACCAGUGGCUACCAGGACACCUCAGCACACACCUGCAUCCCCCGUGGGAGCCCACGCGCCACUGGUGCCAGCCAAGCUGCCCACUGUCUCUGCAAAGAGUCCUUGAGCUCUUGUGGGAGUGUUUUGCUUUCUGCUUCCAUUAAAAAUGAGCCUUUCCUGCCUCUGCA